UACAGUAAGGGAGGGGAGUAGCGGAGAGAGUUGCUCUGGUAAAGGAUUAGCCUGCUUGCUGCGGUAUAAAGCCUCCCUUUAAUCUGUGCCAGAGACAGAGGGCUUCUUACAUUAGACAUCAAAGAGCAGCUAGACCGCAAUUCUCUCUCGUACUGUUUACAUCGAGGACUAAAGGGGUCGAAAAGCAAAGCACAAAGGAGCUCUGUUAUCUGAAGAAGGAAGAACACUCGACGGCGACAGCAGACUCCUGAGACGCAGUCAUGACGCAGGGGAAGAUCUCUGUGACAAACAAGACAACCAAUGGAGCACAAGGGGGUGGGGCUAUGCCACCUGCCCCACCCAGCUAUGAGGAAGCAACUGCAGGCUCCAGCCCCAGCUACAGUGGGAGUUACCUAGGUGAUGGUGAGAUGCUGACAGAGUUCACCUGGGAUGACAAGAACAUACGACGGAUCUUCAUCCGCAAGGUGUAUGCUAUUUUGAUGAUCCAGCUGUUUGUCACUGUGGCUAUCGUGGCUCUGUUUACAUUCUGUGACCCAGUUAGGAUCUACAUUCAAUCUCACCCGGGAUGGUACUGGGCAUCCUACGUUGUGUUUUUCGGCACCUACCUGACUCUUUCGUGCUGCACUGCACCAAGGAGGCAGUUUCCAUGGAAUCUGAUCCUGCUGGCCAUCUUCACUCUGUCCCUCUCCUACAUGACAGGAAUGUUGUCCAGCUUUUACAACACCAAGUCUGUGGUGCUGUGCCUUGGCAUCACCGCCAUGGUUUGCCUGUCAGUCACUGUCUUCAGCUUCCAGACCAAGGUUGACGUCACCUCCUGCCACGGUGUGCUCUUCAUCUUGUGCAUGGUUAUGUUCUUCUGCGGGAUCGUCCUGGCCAUUGUCGUCCCCUUUGGAUACGUGCCCUGGCUACAUGCCAUCUACGCGGCCCUGGGAGCCAUACUGUUUACCAUGUUCCUAGCGUUCGACACCCAGCUCCUGAUGGGGAACAGGCAAUACGCCAUGAGCCCUGAGGAGUACAUUUUUGCGACGCUCAGCAUCUACCUGGACAUCGUGUACAUCUUCUCCUUCUUCCUCCAGCUCUUCGGCUCAGGCCGGGAGUGACCGUCAGGCAGGCCCCUCAAGCUCACCCCACUUUACCGCAGUCUGUGAUGUAAUGUAGCCUGGCCCUGGCUAUACCCCCCACCCCACCACACCCCCCUGUGUUACCCUGCAUGAUGGGGGGGUGCGUUACAGACUACACACAUGUUCUGUUUAAAAUGAACCAUCUGAAAUCACAGAUUAACCCACAACUGCUGGACCCUUCUGGCCUCCACACUGCCCCCUAGCACAGAUUUAGGUCAUUACAUGUAGGGCUGCGUAUUUUCAAUGUUUGUGUCUGGAAUACCCAUCACAGUUUCUGCAAACUGUCAGAGCAUUCUGAUACGACCAAAGUUUGAAAUGUGUGUCCGUCCAUGGAAGAGUGUCAUCAGUGAAGGCCAGAUCUCAGUAACCCUGUUUACUAAGGAGCAAUACCCAAAUGGCAGACAUGUCCAUUGAACAUAGGCAGCCAUAAACACCAGCAUGCAGUGAAGAUUGACAGAAAAGAAACCUGCUCACUAUAAGAGAGCUGUAAAAUAUCCAAUAUUGUACUUCAAAGUGAACUGGACUUUAGUCCCCUGCUGUGCUUAUUCUGUGUUAGUUAUCACUACAGCUGAGAAAACCACAUACCAUUGGGCCAUUUUGGGGUUGUAGUUGCCAUUGAUGUAGGUAAUGGGUAGAGGUUGACGAGCUGUUCUGUAUCAUUCUGUAACAUGUAAUCUUGUUUGUUCCCUGAAUUCUGUCCUGUUUCGGUUUGUGAAUUUUACAGAUUCUGUAAACUCGGACGUAUUGCCUAGUUAUCUGUGGCUGCUCACAAUUUCAUAAAUAAUGACACAAACUCAAUAGCUCACCCCUAUUGGCUCAUCAUGAGUUUUAAUAUGUCAUACAGUGCCAGAGCCAAAAUUGAUUUGCCAUUUGAUUUAUCUGAGAUUUUUGUUUUGAAAGAUUCCACUGUUGACAAAAGGACAAAUUAUAUGGUUACCACUACACUCGUCUGGAUUUUAUUUUCAUUAAACCUACUUGAAUUUCGAGUUUGCAAGCCUCAAACUUAUGAACUCGUGAACCAGUCAAAAUACUUGUUCUCCACAGAAGAACACCAUUAUUGGUCCAAAUAAGUGACUAAUUUAUUAUAAGAUGGUUCACUAGGAAGUGUGGCCUUUAAGUGCUAAUGCUAAUGCUAGACCCCACAGAUUGGUAAGACUACAUCAUUGUCAUUUAGUGGGUGCUCUUACCUACAGUGACUUACAAUUUUAUCAAUUUAUACAG